GGUGCGAUUCGCAUACCGUUCGCUCUCUUUCGUUCGGGGCAGAGCUCGGCGACUUCGGUAUUCCCCUAUGUAGGAAGGAAGAAUCGUUGAAACGACUACAUAUACAGACUGACGUUCUAGCUCUCCCACAUCCUCAGCACAGCAUAUCAUCGCACUAGUUACUUCAAGCAUUUCGAUCAUCUCAAAAAAGUUCCAUCAGACUCAACAACAAUCUCUCACGAUGACAAUUGAAAUCCCAUCGUCUAACAGGAAGGCCCGAAUUGGUGUGAUGGGCGUGGGCCGAAUGGGCAAACGACAUGCCAGAAAUAUCGCCGAGUUCGCCCCUAGAGCCGAGCUUGUGGCGGUCUCCGACCCAUACCCCGAGGCUCUGGAAUGGGCCAAGGCCAACUUGCCUUCCACAGUUAAGACGUACAGUUCCUCUGAGGAGUUGAUCAACGAUCCCGACAUUGAGGGAAUCCUGAUUGCCACUGAGACCGCCUUCCACGCCGAGUACGCCAUCAAGGUCAUUGAGGCUGGCAAGCACGCACUUAUUGAGAAGCCGAUCUCGGUGGAUAUCGAGCUUACGAAGCCGGUCGUGGCAGCUGCAAAGAAGCGUCCUGAUCUCAAGGUCAUGGUGGCUUUCUCGAGGAGAUUCGACGCAUCCUACCAAGAAGCGGCUAAGCGGAUUGAGGAUGGACAACUCGGCUCAGCGUACCUUAUCAAGUCUUGCACAAACGACCUUUACGACCCUACUGGCUACUUCUUGAACUACGCCAAGAAGUCUGGCGGCAUUUUCAUGGACUGCGGCAUCCAUGACAUCGACAUUGGUCGAUACCUUUUGAACGUUGGCAACACAGAUGGGCUCAAGAAUCCUGCCAAGCAGGUUUCCAAAGUCUUCGCAACGGGGCUGAACACUGUUUACCCCGAAUUGGCAGAGAUGGAGGAUUGCGACAACGCUCUCGGCAUAAUUGAGUUCGAAAAUGGCUCAAAGUUGAACAUUCAUCUCUCCAGGACUUCAAUCCACGGGCACGACGUCGUGUGUGAGGUGUUUGGGACUAAGGGAAAGUUCGUGAUCAACGCUGUUCCCAACAUCUCCCGCGUCGAGAUCCGCGACGAACACGGUGUCCGAACGGAGUCUCACCCCUCAUAUUAUGAGCGAUUUUUCGAGGCUUUUAAGACAGAAGUCCAAACUUUCUCAAGUUGUAUCUUGGACGACACACCUGUUCCCACUCCCCCCCACGACGCCCUCGAGGCCGCGCAAAUCGCCACAGCGCUCACUCAUUCAUUCCGCACUGGCAAUCCUGUAUACUUCGAUGACAAUGGAGAGCCUAUUUUGAAGUAGAACCGACGAGGAGGUCGUGCUUGAGAUUACGUAUGAGCUUGAUUUUGGUGUCAUCGGUUUUGGCCUUGUGAGAAAAUAUUGUAUGCAGCAUAUGAUGGGCAUUUGUUCAAUAUAUUCAGUUGAGAAGGACGUCUUCAUUGCAUCCUACCCCAUUAAGUAAUGAUUAUCUCUGAG